ACUCGGGAGGGGAAGCGCUACGCUGUGAAAACUCCCAGGAUUUACACUCUGCCAUUUUGAGUAAAAGACUGCCGACAGCGGAGUUCAGACGUGUCCAUCAAGCGGCGGUCAUGACCUGAAGUAAAGCUCAACAGCUCGGCGGGUCUUUCUCCAGCCUCUUCAAGGUCGAAAGAUAAUCUUCAGAUCAAGCCGAUGGAGUGACAGAUGGAAAAAGACUUUGAAUCGGAGGACCUUUGAUCCAGGAGCCGUUGUCCUUUGAAGCGUCCAGCCAUGUGCUCCACUAACCAUUCCAACUGGGUCACCUUUGACGACGAAGUCACGCCGGUCUCAUCGCCUCAGAAGCCCCUGCAGUCACCCGCUCUUAUCAAAGCAUCAGUACCACGUCCCAAUGGUCUGAAGCUGGUGCUUCCUCCAAUCAAAGACACUUCCUGGAGCUUCAGCAGUUCGCUGGAAUCGCCUCAAAGUCAGUCAGGUUCCAGUGGGAAGUCUUUCAGACCCUGCAUCAGCGCCUUGAGUACUCCUGUGACUAGAGGCUCCACCAGCGCCAGCCCAUCGUUCGAAAAGAACACCUUCCUCCGAAGUUUUUCCAGCCCAUCGGGCGUCUCAGUGCCCUCACCAGCACCAGAGACUCUGAGUCAACCCGCGAAUGGGCCGAGCCCCUUCCCAGCUUUCAGGGGAAACUCUGGACACUUCAACCCCUUCUGGGACGAUUCCAGACAGAGCGUGGAUGUAAGCAGCUCCUCCUCAGACUCAGACACAGACAACAGCCUACCGCGAUUCUUUAUUCGGACCAAAGAUGGCAGCACGCCUCCCCGCGACCAACCCCAUAACCCCUUCUCCUUUGUCUGCAAUAAACUGGAAGAUCUACAAGUAGGAAAGGAGGGCCAUACGGACAUACUGGAGGGAAGAAAUGAGGUGAUAGGUGAUGGUUCGGUACAGUUUGUCCCUAGGGGUCUUUUUCGUAGUCAGAAGAGGGACGGCUGGCCCGUCAUGAUCAGGAUUCCUGAAAAAAAGAAUCGCAUGUCGUCCCGACAGUGGGGGCCCAUCUAUCUCCGCCUGCUGCCUGGAGGCGUGCUGCAGAUGUUUUACGAGAAAGGCCUGGAGAAGCCGUACAAAGAGUUCCAGCUCCUCCCCCAGUGCAGGCCGUCCGAGCUGAAGGUGGAGAGCUACAGCGAGCCCAGGAAGGUCCUCACAGUCAAGGUGGAGCUCUUCGCUUACACCGAGAAGAAGCGCUUCCACCCGAAGCUGGAGGUGAGUCACGAGGCGGAGGUGGAGCAGCUGCUGAAGUUUGGCUCCACGGUGCAUGAGGACAUGGAGGAUCUGGUUGUCUCCAUGGAGGAGGAGAUCUUCAAGCUGAGCGUGCCACACCAGCAGAGGCGGCAAUACGAGGAGCAGGAGCUGUCGCUGCAGGUCACUGACCACAUCUGGAUACAGCUGGAUAAGUCAGGGACGGUCAUGGAGAGAGCAGCUUUCACCCAGAUCCACUGUCUGGCCUUCCUGAGCGGACAGGGCGACUGUUUCCUUGCCCUGAACGAUCUCGGCUUGCUGCAUUCUAACUCCAGCUACGGGUACGAGGAAGACAGCGACCUCUGGAUGGAGAUCACCGACCGAUAUUUUCACCAAUGUGUGAAUGAGACUGAGUUUCAGAUGUCCCGGCUCAUCAAGUUCUCCCCUCCAGAUGCGUGCAGGGUGGAGCUGAUGCGGUACAAAACCGCGGUCCUGGGCUGCACCGAGAUUCCCUUUUCGAUCAAAGCCGUGGUCACGGUCCAAGGAGCCUAUGUGGAGCUGCAGGCCUUCCUCAACAUGUCUGCCACCUUCCUCUCCUCUCUCAGGACGUCGGACACCUCUCAACCGCUGUGCGAAAACGUGGUGAUCCGCGUCCCGGUUCCAGGUGACUGGGUCAAGGUGACGCAGACGGUGGCCUUGCUGCGGCAAAGGUCGCUGAAGGCCCGAAUGAACAGAAACGCCUGCCUGGGCUCGGUCAGAGCCGCGGACUCGCAGCCCGUCAUGCAGGUGUCCAUCGGGACCGUCAAGUACGAGAAUGUUUAUUCAGCCAUCGUGUGGAGGAUUGAUAGACUGCCUGCCAAGAACACAGCAGUGGAUCAUCCCCAUUCAUUUUCCUGUAAACUGGAGCUGGGAUCUGAUCAGGAGAUCCCCAGUGACUGGUACCCCUUUGUCUCCAUGGAAUGUGAAAUCUCGGGCGCGGUCGUGUCGCAGACCAGGGUCAAGUCCCUCGGCACUGUGAACGACAUUCAACCGCAGAAACACGUGACCAGCUGGACACGUUAUCACUGUCAGGUGGAAGUGGAGAAGAAAUGGAUUGAAACAGAUUCACAGAGGCAAUCUGGUUGUAUGACGCAGUAAUUUCCAAAAUGGCAUUUUUUUAGCUCGACAUUCUUUCCAAAAUCAUCCUAAUGAGGGUCAAAAAACAUGAUGGUACUGAAAGGCUUUGAGGUCUUUGUCAGAUUCAGAUAAUUCUUCCAUAACUGGUUGUAUUUCUCAUGAGAUUCUGCAUCCUUAACCCUGAGACUGAAUGUCUCUAGGCUUAAAACAACAACUUAACAUUCUUUUUGCCUAGCACUUUACAUAGAUUUUACAAUAGAUUUAUUAAUUAUAUUACUGUACUACUGUGUGUAUAUAAAAUCUUGCAUUCACAUCCUCUCUGCACUGCUCUCCAGAAUGACUCACAGUCUCAUUACAGUCAUGCUAAACAGAAUUUAUCCAAUAAUCAGCUAAAAUCAUCAUUUACUUUCAUCGUCUUAGUUGGGGGUCAGACUGUUUCUUACAAUUCUGUCAAACAGAUUUAAGAAUAAUUCCUUUAAAUUUGUACCAAAGUAUCUUCUGUUACUGAUACGUCACAUGAAAAGAAAGGUAUUUGAAGCGUUGUUGGUAAUAAUGAAUGUACAAACUCAUGUCUUAACUUCACUGUGUGAUAAUAUGAGCAUCAUUAUUGACAAGGCAUAAAAUUGCCACAAUUCCACCACAAAUAUGAGUUAAAUUUUUAUAUUUAAAUUAUAUAUAAAUAUAAAUAGAUGCAGUUUAGAAAGUGUAAGGGCACCAAAUUAAGAAUAAAUUAUUGUGUUAUUUCAUCAGCAGCCUUAUCUGUUCUGUUCAGUGUGUUAUAAAAGCUGCUAUUGACGUUUCAUGGAGUCAAAAAAUUAUAUAAAAUAAAGACAACAAUAAACUACUAAGUUUUAAUUGUUCUUGACAUUUUAUGAUAUGUAUUUAGUAUUGUUUUUACAUACUAAUAUGAUAAAAUUAUCCAUUUCAUUUAAAAUUAUGGGUAUAUUAUCUGAUUGUGGCAGUUUUAGCCUUUUAUACUUACCAGCACUUUGUCAUCAUCAAUACAGAACUGAUUCCUGACUCUAAACGAAGGCUGCUUUAUGGACGACUUUAAUUUUAUUUAAGCAAAUCAAAUCUUUAUUAUGAGGUCUUUGUUGCCUCUUGGCUGGGAGAAGGGUCUGAAUAAAAGAAUUGAUUAAAAAUGGUGAGGGGACAUUUUAUUUUUUAUGUAUGAGGUACCUGGCUUACGCUGGAUAUUAUAUGCAUCAAGAAUAAAAACUGAAUUAAACCUUAA